AUGGCCCGAGAAUUCGAUCACCGCAACUUCACGGUAAGCCAGCUGUCCCGCUGGCGGAACGAACUGCUCGACAUUAUCAUCGAUCACUUCGAUAACAAGGUCCCUCAACCCGAGGUUCUUCUGGCUGGCUAUCGCCGACACAUUGGCGAACCUGAAUUCGAACUCGUCACCUCUGGUCACCAUGACAAACAAAGAUACCGGUUGAUGACAAACCUCGUGUACUAUGCUCCUCGAGAGGAACACCAGAUCACUUCGUGGAGCCAUCUCAAGCUGGUACUUCCCGACGCGAUCAAUAAUCGUCGUCAGCAACGAGGCUUGGGACUCAUCCUGCCUGAUAAAUACCAACCAUUCGUUAACGUGCCGCUGUUCCAACAGCGGAUCAUUAUCCAGCGAUAUUGGCGGUUGCGUAAGAAAUAUACGCACGACGAGUCUCGAGCGUUGGUAGAGAUCGAGAUGAAAGCCUUACUCGAUACCUUGCCGGACUUCGUGUGGGACAACGACGGAAGGGCGGCGGACUUGGCUACCGUUGGAGAGCGGUCUGAAGAUCAAAGCGAUGACGACGACAUUCUAGCAGCCGGGUAUGCUGACCUCGGAGACCUGGCGCAUGAUCUGCUAUGGAAGUCAGAGAUAGGACGCCUAGAGGCCCGGUACCAGUAUGGGUAUACAGAGCCUGAAGAUCACUGGAACCGCGGCUUCCGGAAGUUACGAAGGCUGGUGAAGAGAUCUACCGGUAUCGCUUUCAAACUCAAGGAAAUCCCGCAGGUGCUCAAUAAACUCGCGAAGAGCGGCAGACGUUGUUGCACUCCCGGUUGUCCCGAUGCGAAGGACGAUAGCGGCUUUCUCGCACUAUUUUACCUGCCAGACGCUCAGUCCCUCGCCAAAUGGUGGAGACACCCCGACCAGUUCAUCGUCCCGGCCGGGUUGAACUGGACCGAUGUCGUCGGUAUACAGUGUCCCCUGCAUUACACUAUCGACGACUGGCGAAUCCGAACGGGGGUCCAGACCAUGGCCUACAUGGAGCUGGAGCGCGAAGCACAGUACGCGUUUCACGAGACCCUUGCCACCGAGAUCGCCCACUUCUUCCCCUGCUGGGCCGGUUGCAAUGACUACAAGAUCCCCGGUACUGCCGGAUACCCCGAUCCGCUACGAGUCCACCCUGGCGUCUGUCACGCAUGUCAUUCUGACAGACAACGGGCGAGGAAGAACCUCGAAAUCAAGUCGGAGGGUUGGAAGCGCAUUGGCAUGGGGAAUCAGCAGUGGAGGGCCGAGAUGGAAGUCACGUACGACAAGAGUCAACGAAAGCCUUGCCACCAAUGCAAACGCGGCACAAUUGAGGAAUGCGAUAUCAGGAGUACUAGACCCUUUGGAUUCGUCGAUAAUAACUCUCGGCUGGUCUGUCAUGACUGCUUCCAUUCUCUUCGUGGAGCUCAAGCCUCGGGACAAUGGUACCCCCCGGUGUCAGCCAAUGACAUGGAACACCUCGCGAAACUCAUCACUACCACCGAGUCCGAAUCUCCCUGGAGUAAGAUCGUCGAGUUUCUCAAGGAGCGGUGCUGGUUCCAGCAUCCGAUCUACGGACCUUUGGGAUGGGCGAUUCAAGAUGUCUGGGAGAUCUAUACGAGCUUUGGAGCCAGACUGAAUCCGGCGGGUCCUUUUCCUGGUCCCGAUGAAGAUAGAAACAACCAGCACGGACAUGUCUAUCCGCUGAUGGUCGAUGCGAGCAGCACAUGGGGAACGGUCAACGGAGACAUCACCUUGAGCGGCAUGGAAGGCGAGGAAAAGCAGAAGCGCCCCGGACAGAACGGAUCUCCUAUGAUGACUCUCCAAAACGAAGAAGAGGUCCGAUACCAUGAGAGGUCCAGCUCAGAGGAAAGUGAAGACGAACCUGCUGAGACGCUCCCGACGCCGGAAUGCGAAGCCCUCGGUUGCGGAGAUAAGAGGAAAAGGGAAGACGAGGAAGUCGAUCGAUCCGAUAAGAGGUUGAAAAGCGAGCUCGAUCACCCGACCCAUCAGUCUUAUGGUGGAGCCGAGCCAGCGAGGGCGCCUUCUUAUGGCACAUUGCCUCAACAGCAUAGCCUGCCGAUCGAUCAGCUUCAGCAGUACCAUGAAACACAUUCGGCGGGGGGGCCUUCGCGUCCCACCGUCACUGCGCAGGUCAACCAUUGGCUUGCUCAGAACCGCAUCAGGACCGGUAGGGCUGCACCUUCAUCCUACGAUAACGAUGCCGCUGGACCGUCUUCCCGACUAGAUCCGAGUUCUACACCCUUUGGGUCUGAUGCCGAUCAGGUUCCCCUCUAA